GCAGGUGGCCCACCACCUGGGGCUGAAGAACAGAGAUCUGGACAAGAUCAAGAAAGACAACAAAGAUGAGUUCAUGCAUAGGCGGAACAUGUUGCGGCUGUGGACGGACCAAAGCCCAGGAAAGGCCACAGCACAGGACCUGCUGAGAGGUCUAGAAGACAUGAAGGACCUACCUGAAGAGACUCGUCGGUUAUUGAAAGACGCCAGUGUUGAGAUUGAUGAAGAUGAUAAAGAUGAUGAAGGAGAGCAGAUCCAAGGACGAAAGAGCAGUCACUCAGAUUUACUACCAAAAAUGGAAAGCAGCAGCUCAGGGACGAGUCUCACCGAAGACACAGCAAGCAUGCCCGUGGUGGACAGGUGUGAAGAGGAGGACUGUUCUGAUUCUGGAGAGCAGAGCCAAGGACGAAAGAGCAGUCAGUCAGGACUUCGACCUAAACCUGUUAAGAAGCCGUCACACAGUAGUGGACCGGGGAGCCGUCCUGGUGAGCUGUCCUCGUCUCUGCCCCUCAAAAAGCCGGCUAGUGACGGGAUUCAGGCACUUGGGGACGACAAGACGCUAGUAAAGCCAAAGAAACAAACGAGAGCCAGAAAUAAUGAAACCUGCUCUGCAGGGCAGGAUCUGUCUGAUGAGCAGCUCCGGGAUGUUGCACAAACGCUGGGACAGGAGUGGGAGCAGGCGGCCCUCCACCUGGGGCUGAAGAAGGAAGAUCUGGACGUGAUCAAGAAAGAAAAGAAAGUAUUCAUGCAGAGACGGAAGAUGUUGCGGCUGUGGAAGGACCGAAGCCCAGGAAAGGCCACAGCACAGGACCUGCUGAGAGGUCUGGAAGACAUGAAGGACCUACCUGUCGAGACUCGUCUGUUAUUGAAAGAUUUACUACCAAAAAUGGAAAGCAGUAGCUCAGGGACGAGUCCCGCCGAAGACACAGCAAGCAUGCUGUUUAAAUGA